CCAAUUCGUCCGUGGACACUCACACUUAUCGACUAACAACGGUCCACAAAUCGCCACGUGUCCUCAAGAUAAAGCGUUAUUAACCCUUCUGAUCCAACGGAUCCUGCUCAUUACCUCCCAAACAAACCCCUCCGUUCCGUUUCACCUUUCCCCUUCCCGCCGGAGCCGCCGUCACCGGUCGCUGGCCACCGUAUCCGACCCUCCCAAUACACCCUUUCCGAGUCCCACACAAAAUUGCACGAUUCUGUGAUUUCAAUUUUCAGGUCUCGAGGAUUUCGUUUCAGAAGCGCUUCCAUUUGACGCAGAACCACCGACUCAAACCGAUUCGCGCCGAGUUCGUGACUCGAAUUUUCAACUUCUCAUUCAUAUUCCAAAUCGAAUUUGAAACUCCGAAGAAAAAUUCACCGAACACUGAAUCUCAGUUUCCAAGGAGCUUCUUCUACGAAGAGCGCUUCAAUUCCACGCAGAACCACCAAGUCAAGCCGGUUCGUGACUCGGAUUCUCAAUUCCUCGUUCAUUCCCGAACGAAUUUUAAAUUUCGAAGAAAACCGCACCGAACACUGAAUUUCAGAUUCUGAACAAGUUUCUUCCGCGAAACAGCACAGCACUUCAAUUUCACGUGGAACAGAGACAAAGGGAUUCGUGCGCGUCUUCGAUUUUUCCGUUAGUCGAUGGCGGACUCCGACAACGACUCCGGCGGCGCGCACAACGGCGGCAAGGGGAGCGAGAUGUCACCGCGGGAGCAGGACCGGUUUCUCCCGAUCGCGAACGUGAGCCGCAUCAUGAAGAAGGCGCUGCCGGCGAACGCGAAGAUCUCGAAGGACGCGAAGGAGACGGUGCAGGAGUGCGUGUCAGAGUUCAUCAGCUUCAUCACCGGCGAGGCCUCCGACAAGUGCCAGCGCGAGAAGCGCAAGACGAUCAACGGCGACGACCUGCUCUGGGCGAUGACCACUCUGGGCUUCGAGGACUACGUGGAGCCUCUCAAAGGCUACCUCCAGCGCUUCCGAGAAAUGGAAGGAGAGAAGACCGUGGCGGCGCGUGACAAGGACGCGCCUCCUCUUACGAAUGCUACCAACAGUGCCUACGAGAGUGCUAAUUAUGCUGCUGUUCCUGGUGGAAUCAUGAUGCAUCAGGGACACGUGUACGGUUCUGCCGGCUUCCAUCAAGUGGCUGGCGGGGCUAUAAAGGGUGGGCCUGCUUAUCCUGGGCCUGGAUCCAAUGCCGGUAGGCCCAGAUAAAUGUGCCUAUUAUUAUUAGUAGUAAGUUAAAAAGAAAAAUGUGAUAUAGUGGUGAUUAGACUGAACUAGUUUCAACAAGGUCUAAUUUGAUUGGUAAAGAAUGAUGCAUCACCUCUUCAUCUCUAUUCGAUUCUUAUUGAUAAAAAAAAAAUUAGAGUGAACUAGUAUAAUAAUUCUGAGAGAGUUGGUUUGUAUUCUGAUGAUGAUAUUAUUAUUGUUGAUUGCGAUAUGUAUAGUAUGACACACUUCUAGGUUCAAAGGCCAACCAUCUGUUACUGAUUAACUGUUGUAUCAUAGAAAAUAGUGUUGCCUAGUAUUGUACCUCUUCUGCUAUUUUGUACCCAAAUGGUGUCAAGUUUCCCUUUUUUACUUAUUGGUCAUGUACAUCAGUUUAACUCUUUUAGCUUUAUGAUAAAAAGGAAUUCAUGCUAUGAUUCAUGCA